AUCGGUGGCGGCGGCGGCGGCUAGCCGCUAGGGUAGUGUUAGUAGUGUAGCGGUGUAUGUCGUUUCGAUCUUAUCCAAAAAUGCCGAGUCAAGAAGUCAUGACGACGAAAGUUGUGGUCCACCCGCUUGUGCUGUUGAGCGUGGUGGACCACUUUAAUCGCAUGGGAAAAAUCGGAAACCAAAAGAGAGUGGUCGGCGUGCUCCUGGGCUGCUGGAGGGCCAAGGGGAUCCUGGACGUGUCGAACAGCUUUGCAGUGCCCUUCGACGAGGAUGACAAGGACAAAAGUGUAUGGUUCCUCGACCACGAUUACCUUGAAAAUAUGUACGGAAUGUUCAAGAAAGUUAACGCUCGUGAGAAGGUAGUGGGUUGGUACCACACUGGACCUAAGCUGCACCAGAAUGACGUUGCCAUCAACGAACUGAUAAGAAGAUACUGCCCUAACUCGGUCUUGGUCAUUAUCGACGCGAAGCCCAAGGAUCUCGGACUUCCCACCGAGGCGUAUCAAGCAGUUGAAGAAGUGCACGACGAUGGUUCACCUACCUCCAAAACCUUCGAGCACAUUCCAAGCGAAAUUGGAGCCGAAGAAGCGGAAGAGGUUGGAGUAGAGCACUUAUUGCGGGACAUCAAGGAUACUACAGUUGGUACCCUCAGUCAAAGAAUCACAAAUCAACUGCUUGGCUUAAAAGGUCUUCACGAACAAAUUCGGGAAAUUAGAGAUUAUCUGCUUCAGGUUGGCAAUGGGAAAUUACCUAUAAAUCAUCAAAUUGUUUACCAGCUUCAGGACAUCUUUAAUUUAUUACCGGACAUGACUCAAAGUAGCUUCGUCGAUUCGUUAUAUGUAAAGACUAAUGAUCAGAUGCUGGUUGUAUAUCUAGCAGCGUUAGUUAGGUCCAUAGUGGCGUUGCACAAUUUAAUUAACAAUAAACUGACCAAUCGUGACGCUGAGAAAAAAGAAACGGACGGCAAGAAGGAUACAAAGAAGGAAGAAAAGAAGGAGGAGGAGAAGAAGGGGGAGGAGAAGGCGAAAGCUAAAAGUCAGUGAUCGGAGCAUUUCUGAGCUUGCUCAGCUGCGAGAUUGAGACUGUUAAAGUUGAGGACAAUUAAUGACUCUGUGUGUAAUAGUCAAGCCUGUUCACUAUUUGUACAGAAUUAUAUCCCCACUUAUAAAUAAUGACAGUUUAUAUAUGUAUUAGAAACGGCAAAUUGAUUCCCAAAACUGUUCUGGUAUAAUUCUGUGAGUUUUUAAUACGUUAGGCGCAAGAGAAACAAAAUCAAUGCUAACUCAACACUUCUGUAUUUUGAAUGUAAUGAAUGAUGUAGUAAAUAUAUCGGAAAAAAUUUAGGAUCUAAGACAUUUUUUACGGAAUAUUGUAAUCGUUACAAUAUUUUCAAUGUUUUAAUUAACAAUCCGUUAAUACAAACGAUAGUGUUCUACACA